GCUGCGCUCUUGCCUGUGGAGACGACCGUGCGCGUUCACGGCUGGUUGAGCUGUCACGAGCCUUAUUCGAGCCACGGAGCGAGGCUAAAGAAUUAGAGCGGACAUAACCAUACAUCUUAUCUGCUGCUUAAGAAAGAAAGAAAGAGAGAGAGAGGGGCGAAAGGGCGAAAGGGUGAAAGGGUAGUACUUCACACGACAACCUUGCCGUUAAGUCUUUCGAUCGAGUCAUUCCGGUCAACCUGUGAUGCAUUCCAGCAUUUAUUUUUGCAAGCUAGCUAGCUAGUGGUUGAGCUAGCGCUACGGUGCCUGAGUCGGAGUAAGUUAACGUUACAUUUUCGGACGUAUUUUGUAUAAUACACCUGACUGCGUACACCCGAGAUACAUCCAAACAGUUGGUAGUUUUGACCUCAGUUAUGUAAUGCUGUAGAUGUCGUGCCUGUCGCUUCUAUCCUAGCAAGUACGGAUUGAAUGAAAUAACGUUAGCUUGCCUCAGGCAGCUGAAACGAACCAGUUAACAAGGAUAACGUUGAAUUAAACUACUGCUGACUGAUCCACCACCAUCUAGCUAAUAAAGCACACGCUAUCCGAACUAGCCAACCACAGGCACACCGCUGGGUAGAUCCCCCCCAAAUAGUAGCGAACGACCGGAAUCGUGAAGAAGCUAAAUCCCACCAAACGUCAAGUUGGCCAUCUUCCACUCCUGUUCAGUGUGACAGGCUGACCAGCGUCAGGUCGUUUUUUCGGAUAAGGCCGGAGUGAGGACAGGAACUUGUGAACAUGCCGGCUGUGUCGAAAGGAGAUGGAAUGCGCGGAUUAGCCGUUUUCAUUUCGGACAUUAGAAACUGUAAGAGCAAAGAAGCAGAGAUCAAACGGAUCAAUAAAGAGCUGGCCAACAUCCGCUCCAAGUUUAAAGGUGACAAGGCUCUGGACGGCUACAGCAAGAAGAAAUAUGUCUGCAAGCUGCUCUUCAUCUUCCUGCUUGGCCAUGACAUUGACUUUGGACACAUGGAGGCAGUCAACCUGUUGAGCUCCAACAAGUACACAGAGAAACAGAUAGGCUACCUGUUCAUCUCAGUGCUGGUAAACAGCAACAGUGAGCUGAUCCGUCUGAUUAACAACGCCAUCAAGAAUGACCUGUCCAGUCGCAACCCCACCUUUAUGUGCCUGGCACUUCACUGUAUCGCAAACGUUGGCAGCCGUGAGAUGGCUGAAGCCUUUGCAAGUGAGAUCCCUCGCAUCCUGGUUGCUGGUGACACAAUGGACAGUGUGAAACAGUCCGCUGCCCUGUGUCUUCUGCGGCUUUACAAGACUUCCCCUGACUUGGUGCUGAUGGGUGAGUGGACGUCGCGUGUGGUGCACCUGCUCAACGAUCAACACAUGGGUGUGGUGACAGCCGCCAUCUCUCUCAUAACUUGUCUGAGCCAGAAGAAUCCAGAUGAGUUCAAGACUUGCGUUUCCCUGGCUGUUUCCCGACUCAGCAGGAUUGUGUCUUCAGCCUCCACUGACCUGCAGGAUUACACUUACUACUUUGUGCCAGCACCAUGGCUCUCCUGCAAGUUGCUGCGACUGCUGCAGUGCUACCCUCCACCAGAAGAUGGUGCUGUCAAGGGUCGUCUAGUAGAGUGCCUGGAGACUAUCCUUAACAAGGCCCAGGAGCCACCCAAAUCCAAAAAAGUCCAGCACUCCAAUGCCAAGAAUGCAAUCUUGUUUGAAGCUAUCUCACUUAUCAUCCACUAUGACAGUGAACCAAAUCUGUUGGUGCGAGCCUGUAACCAACUGGGCCAGUUCCUGCAGCACAGAGAGACCAACCUGCGCUACCUGGCUCUGGAGAGCAUGUGUACUCUGGCCAGCUCUGAGUUUUCCCAUGAAGCUGUCAAAACACACAUCGAAACCGUCAUCAAUGCCCUCAAGACUGAGAGGGAUGUGAGCGUUCGACAGAGGGCAGCUGAUCUGCUGUAUGCCAUGUGUGAUCGCAGUAACGCCAAGCAGAUUGUAGCCGAGAUGCUCAGCUACCUUGAGACAGCAGACUACUCCAUCAGAGAAGAGAUGGUGCUGAAAGUGGCCAUACUUGCAGAGAAGUAUGCUGUGGAUUACUCCUGGUAUGUGGAUACCAUUCUCAAUCUCAUUCGCAUUGCUGGUGACUACGUGAGUGAAGAGGUGUGGUAUCGCGUCAUUCAGAUCGUCAUCAACCGAGAUGAUGUGCAGGGCUACGCAGCCAAAACGGUCUUUGAGGCCUUGCAGGCCCCUGCUUGCCAUGAGAACAUGGUGAAAGUUGGAGGCUACAUUUUGGGAGAGUUUGGUAACCUAAUUGCUGGGGACCCACGUUCCAGCCCUUUGGUCCAGUUCAACCUUCUUCACUCAAAGUUCCAUCUGUGCUCCGUGCCGACUCGAGCCCUGCUCCUCUCAGCCUACAUCAAGUUUAUCAACCUUUUCCCAGAGACCAAGGCCACGAUUCAAGAAGUGCUCCGCUGUGACAGCCAGAUCCGCAACUCGGAUGUGGAGCUCCAGCAGCGUGCUGUCGAGUAUCUGAAGCUUUCUUCCAUUGCCAGCACUGAUGUCCUGGCCACUGUCCUGGAGGAGAUGCCUCCCUUCCCAGAAAGGGAGUCAUCAAUCCUGGCUAAGCUAAAGAAGAAGAAGGGACCUGGUGCUGUGUCAGUAACAGAGCUGGAAGACGGCAAAAGGGAGGGUGGGGAGUUGAAUGGAGGGGGUGACCGGGGUCCAGAAACAACUGCCAUGGCUGCCUCCAAUGCUUCAACCCCGUCACCAUCUGCAGACCUCCUUGGGAUUCGUUCUGCUGCUCCCAUUAGUGCUGCUCCAGCCAGUGCUGGCAGCUUAUUGGUAGAUGUGUUCUCUGAGACAGGGCCUGCUGCACCUUCUGCUGCUGUGAAUGACGACGGCUUCUUAAGAGAUCUGGAACAGCCUACCGAGACCUCCGAUUCCCUAUUGGUGGAGGGUUCUGGUGACUUGGACUCUGCUACUCCCUCUGAGGAUCCUGCCCCUCCUCUGUCUGAGGCAGACGAACUUCUUAACAAGUUUGUGUGCAAGAACAAUGGAGUUCUGUUUGAGAAUCAGCUGCUACAGAUUGGCAUCAAGUCAGAAUAUCGUCAGAAUCUGGGGAGAAUGUACUUAUUCUAUGGCAACAAGACUUCAGUGCAAUUUGCCAGUUUUACCACCACAGUCAGCUGUCCUGGGGAGCUGCAGUCUCAGCUCAACGUUCAGACCAAACCAGUGGAACCGCUAGUGGAAGGGGGAGCCCAGAUCCAGCAGGUCCUCAAUAUUGAGUGUCUGACUGACUUCUCUGAUGCCCCCCUGCUCAACAUCAAGUUCAGGUAUGGAGGAGCUUUGCAGAACCUUACACUCAAGCUGCCUGUCACCAUCAACAAGUUCUUCCAGCCAACUGAAAUGGCCUCACAUGACUUCUUCCAGCGCUGGAAACAGCUUAGCCAGCCUCAGCAAGAAGCACAAAAGAUAUUCAAGGCCAACCACAGUAUGGACACUGAAGUACUUAAGGCAAAGCUACUUGGACUAGGAACAGCCCUGCUGGACAACGUUGAUCCCAACCCAGAGAACUAUGUGUGUGCUGGAGUGAUCCAGACCAAGAGUCAGCAGGUUGGCUGUCUGCUAAGAUUGGAGCCGAAUGCCCAGGCACAGAUGUACCGUCUGACUCUGCGCUGCAGCAAGGACUCUGUGUCCAUGCGUCUCUGCGAGCUGCUGGCCCAUCAGUUCUAGUUUUCACACUUCUACCAUGACCAGUGCUCCCAUCAUCCCCACCAGCGACCUCUCUCUUGAGCCCUGCUGCCACACCUCUCCUCCUCCCUUCAACAAAGAAUCGUUAAGUACAAAAUGUGUAACUGACAUAAGGGAAAAAGCAGCCACUGCUAAGCAGCAACGGCAACAUUAUUAUUGUUAUUUUUGUCCCAGAUUCUGAUUCCAGUUAAUCCUUAACUUGUGUAUUAACAUGAUGCUACAUUCUUGUUUUGUGUGUGUGUGUGUGUGUGUGUGUGUGUGUGUGUGUGUGUGUGUGUGUGUGUGUGUGUGUGUGUGUGUGUGUGUGUGUGUGUGUGUGUGUGUGUGUGUGUGUGUGUGUGUGUGUGUGUGUGCACGCGUAUGUCUAUCUAUAGUUAGGAGGGACAAUUUUGGUUCAAUGCCAACGUUGUGAGGACAUUUUGACUUUGUGAGGACAUUUUGGCUGGUCCUCACAAAUUAAAGGGCUUUUUGAGGGUUAAGACUUGGUUAUCUGAUUUGGGUUACAAUUAGGUUUAGGUUAGGGUUAAGCAUUU